AUGCUGGUCCUCAUCCUGGCCCUGGUCAACCUGCUUCUUGCCCAAGUCCCACUUUCACGUCUCGUUGUACCUAUACUCCUUGCAGUUGGCUGGAUAGUGGGUUGUGCGCUAAUGGUUUACAUUGUCUUCUCUUGA